GCACGCGACGACGUUAGCGGACUACUCUGCGGUUACGGCCUCUAUUGCGGAGGCGGACAUUGUGUCAUGUUUCUGAAACGCCCCGAGACAUUGACGGCCUCCGUCAGCGAACCCAACGGGAGCGGGAACGGGAGCGGGAACGGGAGCGGGAGCGGGUGCUUUCCUCGCGUCCCCGCCAAACACGAACGUCGUUAGGCGUCGCCGUGAUCGGGGGCGGAUCUUUCGCGGCACAAUUGUGCCAAUGCCGAGCAGCAAACGCGGAGCGAAUGGAGGCUCGGCUGGCCCUUUGUUUACUUGGGCUACUUCGAGCAUUUCUCGUUCGGUACCGCAUUUUGGACCUCGCCGGUCGGCCCGGUCCGAUCCGGUCCGGUCGGGUCGGGUCGGGUAGGGUCCGCCCCGCCCCGCCCCGCCCGACUGCCUGCGACGACGUCACUUUCGGGCGCUGUCCGCAAUGCGGGUGCUGAAAGUGGAUGCGGCGCGCGCACACGUCACGCUCACAAUUCGGCCCGUACGAAAUGCGGCGAGAAGUAACGAAGUACAAAUACUUCAUUACUCCGCGCCACAGAUUUCUUAGCGAUCUGCACUUGGCUGUUUAUUUUUCGGACAACUAGUUGCUUUUGCAAUCUUCCCUCGUUCUAUCACGGCCCGACUAUUGCGAAUUCAGUGCAUUGCAGAUUUCUUUUCCGAUCAUGCACGAUUCGCCACAUCGCGGCAUUUUGACGAUGCCGUAUUUCCGGGACUAAAAUCAACACGUCCUCGCUUAAAAGCAUUUGUUUCAAUAGAAAAUUGCAUUCAAAUACAUCACGAGGAAUAAAAUGGACAUUCCGUUCAUUCGUGUACGUUUAAGACUUUAAAAGGGGUUCAAGAGGAGAGUUCCUAAGUUCCUAAGAGUCCGGUAGAGGUUUUUAGGAGUGUAAGACCGAGGUCGUGCCUCAGCAAAAACACGGAGCGCCAUCGGAGCCGUUCUCGGAAAGGGCAGCGAUGAGAGCGGCGCUGGACCGGAAGCACGUCACGUGACUCAUCAAUAAUAGAUCGUCAUCAUCUCCUCGUUCCAAGAAGAUGUUUUGGAUUGUCCCGAGCGUGCGAAAGGUUGUCCAGGGCGUGCCCGCGUCUUGCCACAAGCCGGCUGGCGUUCGCCAGAUCCAGCUCGGCCGCGCCAACCGUCAGGACGAGCGAGCGCUGCAGAAGGAGGGAUGGUUGGAUGGUGACAUUGGAUCACGCAGGCGUUUCUUAUCACAGCAAUUCAAGUCAAUGGGCAUUUUUGGAUUAGAUUUUUUUUAGAAGGCAAUUUUUAACUUCACAAGAGAUGAUGUGAAAAUAACCGUGAUCAACAUUUAAUUCUUGAGUAAGUAUGUCGCAGUUGUGAUCCAGCUGUGACUUAAUCAAUCGAUCGAUCGAUCGAUCGAUCAAUCAAUCGAUGGAUUGUGUGGGAUGGAUCGCGAUGAAUCGCGUCUCGAAGCAACUCGGGCGCCGCGGAACGCACCGAGCGACACGACGCCGACUUGCGUCCGUGAUUUUGCUCCGAGCGUCGGAAAGGGGAGCUCAGAACAUCCGAGCCCCUUUUGCGGCGCUCUGUGAAAUCUCCGCUGCUGAGAGAUUUAGAAAAAAAUCUCGUUUCGAAAGUUACAAUUCAUCUGCCGCUGAUGUUCCUCAAGGAGUCAAAUGAAAGGUCUCUCUCUGGAAUGUCCGCGCUGGUCCACGCUCGCUCAGGUCCUUUCAUCUGCAAGCUCGGCUCAUUUCUGUUUUUUUCGCUUCCGGUGCCGACGAAUUGCUCGGAAGCAAUUCGACCGGCUGCGAAACGUGAACGGUGGCUUAUUUUUCUUCUCUUGUGUUCCGCGUGCGUCGGCGCGAACGGAAUCAGCCAUGGCGUCGGCCAACGUCACGCUGGAGAAUCAGCUGCACAGCGCCCAGAAAAACCUGCUCUUCCUCCAGCAGGACCACGCCGACACACUGAAGGGGCUGCAUGCCGAGAUCCGCCGACUGCAGCAGCAAUGCACAGACCUGACGUACGAGCUCACCUUACGAAGCUCCGAUCCUUCAGACGGCGGCGAGGCGAGGUCCCGAGAGCUGCAAAGGAGGUGUGAGGAGCUGGAGGCGGAGCUGAAGAAGAAGGAGGAGGAGAACACCGAGCUGCUCAGGGACCUGGAGCAGAAGAACGCCAUGAUCUUCGUCCUGGAAAACACCAUCAAGGAGCGGGAGAAGAAGUACCUGGAGGAGCUGAAGAUGAAGAGCCACAAGCUGGCCCUUCUGUCCGGAGAGUUGGAGCAGCGGGCCGGCACCAUCGCUUACCUCACGUCGCAGCUUCACGCCACCAAGAAGAAACUUCUGGCGGGCAGCUCCUCGGAGGGGAGCCCCAACGUCAGCCCGGUCGCCUCCUUCAAGCCCGCGCCGCCGCCGCCGCCGGCCAAAGACGGGCAGCCCGAAACCCCGCGCCGCCGCAUGAGGAAGAGCCUCUCCCAGCCUCUCCACCCCGAGCUGACCGAGGUGUACCGGCUCGGCGCCGACGGCAAGCGGGUGGUCCUGCGCGAGGCCGUGGACGCGAUGCCCGACCCGACGCCCUUCCUGCAGGCGGGCAGAGAGUCUCCGGAUCCGCAGGUGCUACGGGAACGGCCCGCCGUCAUCCCUCCCAUCGCCUCGGAGCGCCCGCCCGCCGGCGCCCGUCGCAGCCCGGCUCGGGACCGCCAGUACGGGGCUCACGUGGGCGUGGCUCACCGCAUCCCCCACGGAUCCCCUCGCUUGGCCCCGCCCCAAGCGGAGCUGGAGACUCUGGCGGUGGACCGGGUGAAAGAGGAGAAGGUUGUGCGGAAGCGUUCCGGGGCUGACAGGACAGUUUGAAGCCGUCGCGCGCGCGCGCACACACAAACAUGACUCGCAAAACGUUCGGGAUUUUCGGCUUUCCGGUCAAAUUUCAGGAUGAAACGAAAAUGCGCUACGGCGAAGCCCGCAGACAUGCGCCCUUCGGCACUUCCUCUUUUAUUUGCUGAAACUCACCGAUUCGUCGUUUUUUUUUUUUGGGGGGGGGGGGGGGGCUCAGGCCAAAGCCGUGUCUAAUACAAAAAUAGUGCCUUGGCGCCAUCUGCUGCCAUCUUGGGCCCAAGUCACUAUGUCGAACUGAGCGGAGGAACUUCAUUUAGUAAAGGCAUCGUCUUGUCUAAUAGAAAAGGAAAACAAACUGUGCUUUGCUGCCAUCUUGUGACUUCUUUAGGCAAUUACAAAAGCCUUUCGGUUGGACGUCAAUUCCUCGGGGCAGAUCUCUGUCCCCGGCCCCCGCAAAUAUCGGGGGGGGGGGGGGUCACUGUGUAACCUUGACCUCUACAGUUGUCAAAGUCCAACUUUGCCAGUUGGCGACUCAGCCCCGCGCACUGAGCGAUUCGAUGCGCGGACGCGCUUGUAAAACACAAUAGACAUAUAAUAUACUUUAUAUAUUGCGUUCAUAUGACUUGGCGGCAGCCAGCUGGGUCUCGCGAGCGUAAAACCGGCAAAGAUAUUUUUGGCGUGCGAGAGCUUCUGUGCGUUUCGGUGGGCUGUAAUCUGCCAGUCGCCGCAUCGUGCGACUGCGAUCUCGCUGCAAAGAAAAACCGAGUCGCGCAAAGUUGAGCUCCGAAAAUGAAAAAUUCACAUCUGGUUUAUGUUUGUGCCUUUUCUGCACUGUCAAUUUGAAAUCAUGUCCUGUUUUUGGAUUAAGAAUUUUUAAAAAUCAGGUUUAAUCGAUUAAUUGAAAGAAAAUCGACAGAUUUCGAAUAAUCGUGAGUUCCAGCCCUAAUGCCAAUUUUAAUUGAUUUCGCAAAAAUGCAUCGGUGGAGCCGUGGACCUGUUACGAAUUUGGCUCUUCGGCUCCUUGUUAGAGAACAGCAACUUGUGCAAAAAGUACCGAAACGUUGAAGAGUUGCACAUGUGCGUUACAAAGUUCUGAAGUUGUCCCAUAAAGGUGGGGGUCCGUUUUUGGGGUCAUCCUGAAAUGUUAGCCGAAUGGCCGAUCUGCCCGACUUUUUGCGAGGGGCGCAAAUACCAAAAGAUUCCCAAAGGGCAUGCGGACAGGAGCCCGAGCACCGUGUCGCCUGCUUCGUACGCAAAACACUGCGACGUGAAAUGAAAAUGUGUCAAACCGCCUCACGUCCUAGUUUCGGGUUCCCUCGACGGGCCGUCAUGACUGCCAACACGUAUACCGUAAAUGUUCGGUUGACACAUAUGCACACCAAAAAAAAACAACGACGAAUAACUAUAUUUGAAAUCAAAAAAAAGUUGUAAAUUGCGUUUAUUUUGAAAUGGGGAUUGGGAACAAAAUGCAACAUUGCAACAAUUUGCAAUGUUGUUAUUUGAGCCACGAACGUCAAGUCGACGCAGCGGAUUUGCUUUCGCGGGUUCCCGCGGAUCGAUGUGGCCCGCGGGCCUCGAGUUUGACGGCUCGACGGGACCGCCGCAGCGCCGAGCGUGCCAAACGUUCCGUCUUUCGGCGGCCUGGCCGAAUCCUCGCCCGCUUGCCGCGUCGACAACGGCCGUGACUCCGCCGACGCUCUCUGAAUGUCUUUCACCUCCUUGCAAUGUCACUAUAAUAAUAAUAAUAUAACUGUAGGUUGUAUAAUCAAGGUGAACCGGCGGCGGCGGCGGCGGCGCGUGCAUUUACGCUUGAAUUCAUCGCGGUGCAAAUGUCUUUCUGGGGGCGGAGAAGAAGCACGGGAACGUCUGCUUUAUCUCCGUGUUAUUUGUGCUGACGGGGCAUUUGCAAAAGCACUGGAUAGGAUAAUAGGAUUUGCUGAUAUAAUUAUACUUACUAGGCUGCACAUUUGUAAGGAAUUCCGUUUUUCAUUGAUUGUUUACUAGAGAAUACAACCACGCCUCGGAUAGGAAUUGUCACUUUCAAUCCUGCUUUUCACAUGAGACUUGUCCUUGAAUCAUAUAAGUGCGCACAAUAAAGCUCUUUUUGGUG